AUGGUCAUGUUCAUGAUGAAUAAGCUGAACCAGAAGAGACCUCAAAGCCACAACAAGACUUGCAACAGUGCUAAAGUGCAAAGGGCAGAACCUGAAUCCUUUGAAGAAGCUAUCAAUUCAAAAGACAAAGGCAAAUGGUGGGCAGCAAUGAAGGAGGAAAUGAAUUUAUUGGAGAUUAGAAUAUGGAAAAAGGGUACUUCACUUGAUUUGGUUGGUUUUGUAGAUUUUGACUUUGCAGUUGAUAAAAACACAAUGAAAUCCACCACUUCUUACUACUUUACCCUUGAAGGAAACUACAUAAGCUGGAAAUCACAAUUGCAACCCAUUGUGGCUCUCUCAUCGAUAGAAGUCGAGUACAUUGCAGUUGCAAAUGUGUUCAAGGAGGCAGUAUGGUUAAAGGGAAUCCUAUCAGAGGCAAAUUUGAUAGAUGGAAAGGUGACAAUCUACUCAGACAACCAGAGUGCGAUCCAUUUGAGCAAAAUCCUGUUUACCACAAAAUAA